AUGGGGAAGGAGAUAGGAGGAUGCGUGCAUGGGUGGGGUGGGAAUUUGCUAUUGGGGUUUAAGAUCUUAGCUGAUCACGUCGAGGCCAAGUUCAAGCAAAUCUCUAAAGCCUACGAUGUUUUGAGCGACAUGCAGAAGAGAGCGAUCUACAACUACAUGGGAGGGGAGGUGUCCAUAGAUCUAGCGACGUUGCUUUGCAACCUCGAGGAUCUGUACAAGGGGACGACGAAGAAGAUAAAAAUCUCGAGGGAUGUUAUGGAUUCCAAUGGGUGA